AUGUCUCGCAUACUUCUGCUGGGUGCAUCCAUAGUUCUCCUCAUGGACACAGGAGACAGAGUGCUGACAUUAAACUUGAUUAGAUAUUGCAACUUAUGUAAUCACUUUGAUGGAAACAGAUGCCUCGGUGGCAUGAGGAGAUGCUGGAAGUUUAACCUGCUGCUGACCAAUAGGUCUUGUACCACAGAAAACUUUUAUUUUAAUGACCGUAUCACAGGGUUAUAUCUUUUUCGUUAUUCAAGACUGUCCUGUAAACGCUGUGGACAAGGAAUGUUUCAAGAAUUCCAUGACCUUCUGAGAGAAACAUUUUGCUGUAUUGAGAGGAACUACUGUAAUGAUGGCCUCACCACCUUAGAGACCUCAUCAUUAUAUUUUGAGGAUAUAAAGGAGAAGAAAGAGUUGAAUGACUGA